AUGCGGGAGAACAACGUUCAGAAGACGCUGAUUCAUUGCAGCGGCGGAACUCCGGCGCAGUACGGGCUGGUUGACCUCGGGGUGCCUCGCUGGGGAUACCAGUUCGGCGUUAUGGUUCCUUCGGCAGAUUAUGCGACCGGCGUCUACCAGCAUAUCAUGACCUUCGAGAAUCGUCUUCCCAGCAGGAAGUUUGCAUUCUUCAGGAACACAGGGAAUGCAUUCACGGACUUCACCUGCGGCGAGUCGAUCGCACGGGCAAAAUCGUUCGGCUUUGUGGUUGAGGACAGCGAAAUCUUCGAGUUCACCACUGCAACGGCAGGAUGGGAAAGCACCCUCCUGGCCGGCGUGCAAGCCUUGAAGGCAUCCGGCACUGAUAUGCUGAUGGGGUGCACGUGGUUGGACGACGGCAUUGCUUUGCAGAAAGCUAUUGUCGCGGAGCGUCUCAACCUCAUUGCAAACAUCAUCCUGAUUGCGCCGACAACGGGACGUUGGCUCGUGGAAUUCCCGCGCGAUGAAAACGGCAAUUCGGACGGAGACUAUGUUCUGGCGCCCUCCCAGUGGCAUCAUACCCAGAACUUUACGGACUUCUCGUCGAUUGGGCCAACGCCGAGCUUCUUCAAAGAGUUCAAGAACGCGACAGGCACUGACCCGGACUACCUCCUCGCCUCCUGCACGACGGCGGGGAUCAUCCUCGAGAGGGCUGUCAGCCGGGUGACCUGGGGCAACUACACGGCGCUAGACAACUCUUCCCUGCAGUGCUCAUGCGACGUGGACCUUGAUGAGAAGAUCCGUCUGAUGGUGCGAGAUUUCGAGGAAGAGACCAUGUACGGACGAGUUCGCUUCGACAAGUUCAACCAGAAUGUUGGGCACGAGGCUGCCGUCAUCCAGGUGCAGAAGGGGAAGGAUCAGACUUCCGUGCUGCCCGAGGAUAAGGCAGAAUCUCGUAUCCAGUUCCCUAUUCCCACAUGGGAAGAGCGGCUGGCCUGUCCGCCCAACUGCACGGAUCCGAACAUCUUUAAGAUUGGUGUGAUCUCUCCAGCGUCCGGACCAGGUCCCAACUUCGACCGUGGCUUGCAGUGGUGGGCUAAUAAGGUCAACGCAGCAGGAGGCAUGCGCUCGCUGGACGGUCAGAUGCUGAAAGUCGAAUUGGUCUUCGCAGACACACAGAUGAACAGCGAGGUUGCUGCCAACAAGGCCAUUGAGUACUACUACACCCUGACAGACAACGUUCAAGCGAUGGUGAACACCUUUUUCGUCCACAACAUCGCCGUGAACGAUGCCAUGGCAGCCAACGAGAUCAACAAAGUGCUGCUGCACUGUUCUGGAGGCGAGCCGGACCAGUACGGCGUGGUGCAGAACCUUCAGGCGAAGCCUCGUUGGAGCUACGCCUUCGGCGUGAUGAUUCCAUCCUCCACCUAUGGCGCCGGCGUGUUCAAUUUCUUGGAGAAGCAGCUCCUCAAUGCGGACACGGAUCCCGUGCUCGGCAGCGUCGUCACCAGCACGAACGGCAAAAGGAUCGUCUUCUUCCGCAAUGUCGGCAACUCUUUUGCUGACUACACCUGCGGUGAGGCCAUCUCGCAGGCGGCAGCAGCAGGCUUGGAUGUCAAUAGCACCGACGUCUUCGAAUACAACACCUCCGACAACAGCUACAUAACCAAGUUUGGGGAAUGGGUCCGAGAGGCCAAGGCAAAAGGCAUUGGCAUGUCCAUGGGAUGCACCUGGGAGCAGGACGGCAUUGAGCUGCAGAGAGCGAUUAUUGCCGAGUCCUGGGAUCUUAUCCUCAAUGUCAUCCUUGUGGCCCCAGCAACGCAAGCGUGGCUGGAUGCGUUUCCGACAGAUGACCAGGGACGAUCCGACGGGGACUAUGUCUUGUGUCCGUCGCAGUGGCACCACACGCAGAACUUUGACGACACCUCGUCCGUCGGUGAUACUGACGCCUUCACAAGGGAGUUCCAGCAGGAGUACAGCGCUGACCCCGACUACCUGCUGGCCUCGUGCACGGCUGCGGGCAUUAUCAUCGAGAAUGCAAUGAGGUCGGUCAACUGGCUCGGGAGCCAGUCGUUUGAUGACAACAGCUUCCGCAUCGCUGUGCGGGAUCUUCGAGCGAACACGAUGUACGGCGGCGUUCGUUUCGACAACAUCAACCAGAAUGUCGGCCACGAUGCUGCGGUCAUCCAAGUGCGGCCCAGUGAUUGGCCUAGCAUCUCCGCAAGCCCAACGAUACAGACCUCGGUGCUGCCUGAGACGAACUCAGCCCGGAAUAUCAUCUUCCCGGCGCCGAAGUGGGAGUGGAGGCGUGGCUGCCCAAAGGAAUUCCCAGACAAUUCGGACAACUUCUCCUGCCAAGCAGAGAUCCCGGACGACCUGACCAUCUACUUCGUGAUCAUCAUUUGUACAGCCGUGCCGAUCCUGGCAGUGGUCUGCCUCUACGUCGGGCGAGUGUCGCACAACGUUCUUCGGAAGCGACGGGCCAAGUACAUCGACCAUUGGGUCAGCCUCUUAGAGGCAGCACUCUGGGAUCAGGAUGAGGAAGCCGUCAAGAAGGCAGAGACUGCGCUGCGCGGCUACAAGAGCAGCUGGAUUUGGGGGAAGAAUCCUCGCAUCGACACGAGCGAGCUGCGUCGGGAGCAGAGUCUGCAAGCUGGGGUCAGCGUGGCGUACCUGAUUUCGGACGAAUUCCUCGACACGGCGCUGCAAGCGACUGGCAUGAAGGAUCCGACCUUCCACGACCUGAAGCAAGCCUUCUUUAUGGGAGAGCGGAAAGUUGGUGCAGGCAAGAUUUGCCCGCGAGAUGGGAGACUUGGCGUGUCGCUGAUCGACACGUUGCCAAGGCAGCACCGACAGAAGUGCACUCACUUCCUCUCCUGGUCGUGGGCAUACACCGUCAGGCAAGUUCGAAGUGGUCUCGAGCUUUGGAUUGAGCGAAGUGGCUUAGAUCCAAGCCAGACCUUCUUGUUCAUGUGCUUCUUCGUGAACAAUCAGCACCGCAUUGUGGUCUCCGGGGAUGCCACAGGAAGCGACGACCUAGACUCGAUUUUUGAAGGCAACCUCUGCCGCAUUGGGAAGAUGGUGGCUUUGCUGGAUACCUGGCAGAGCCCAGUCUAUCUCACAAGGAUUUGGACUAUCUUCGAGCAGUACGUUGCAGUCACCCGCGAUAUCGAGGUGAAGAUCGUCUUACCGCGAGACGCCGAAGCCAAUCUCUUCAUGACCAUCCUGAAGGGAGCGGAAGGCAUCGCGCUGGUGAAAGAGUCCCUCUGUACCGUCGACUCCGCUUCGGCGGACGCCUGGUCCCCGCAGGACAAGGAGGCCAUCCAGAAGAAGAUUCUCGCCAGCUGUGGGUUCGACAACAUUAACGAGCAUGUCAGAAAAGUCAUGAUCAACUGGAUCGGCGAUGUUGUGAUCGGCGCGAUGAAGCGCGUCGUCAACGGCGAGGACAUUGCGGCCAGUGCAAAUCAGUGGAGCGGCAAAUUUGAGAACAACGAGCUGCCAUCGAGGGAAUCCACGUGGACGCACAUGCUGUAG